AUGUUUGCCACAAGAGUCCGGCGCUUUGCAGAGGGAACACAGGCCCCACUACCUAGUUCAACACCAGGCUCAACAGCACCUCGACCACCAUCAAAACGCACAUUGCCGUACAUGCAGUUCCUCACGAAUCUCUCGCAGCGCACCGGCGCCCCUCUCCCCUCGCUCAUCGUCUCCUUCGGCGUUCUGCACGAACUCACAGCUGUUUUUCCCCUCUUUGGGUUCUUCUUCGCCUCCCGCUGGCUCGGUGUCGGGCAGAGCACGGUGGAGUGGGCGACGCGCGGCGAGGGCUGGGGAGGAGAGCUGAUGCGUCGCUGGGUGAGGGAAGGCGGGGAGUCGGCAGAGAGGAUUGGGGGCAGGUAUGGGUGGUUUGGGUAUGAGAAGCUGGAUAGGGAGGGGAGGAGGAGGUUGAAGGAUGAGCAGAAGAUUCGAAGGGAGAGCAGUGACAAGGCUGAACAGUUAGGCGAGUGGAUAGCAGGCGACGUCGCCAACGUCGUCCUUGCGUAUGGGUUAACAAAGGCUAUUCUUCCAGUCCGUAUCGGUCUGUCGCUGUACCUUUCCCCUUGGUUCUCCCGUUCUGCCGUCGAGCCCAUCCGCAAGUCCGUCUGGCGUAUAUUUUCGCGCAAGGACAGACCAGUCUAA